UCAAAAGACAUUUCUUGAGACUUGACACCGUAAGUAAAUACUCGGCACAUAUUUUAAUUUCUUAUCGCCAUAGAUUUCAGAGAUACAAAUUUGACCGCCAUUGUCACAGUUCAAUACUUCAAUGUUCUCUUCUCCAUCUUAACCUUUCAUAGGGUUUUUCUUAGUCGCCCAAAUCGCAUCGUCGUUUCUUGGUGCUUUUAAAUGUCGGGACAAUUCGAAUAGUUUUUUCGGUAAUCUCUGAAUUGUAACUUCUAAGUGCACUACUGCUUUCAGUACCUUUAUUUCAUUAUUUCGCUUUAAGUUCCUUUUUCUCUCUUCAAUAUGGAACUCGUUGUCACAAUGUCACGACUCACCAGGUGAAAAGCUCUUUUUUCGACUUUUAGGGAUUUGUGAGCAAAAUGGAUGAGGGUGAGCUUGAAUUUUCUAACCAAGACAUGUUAUCAAGCCCCUGUGUUGGUGAUCUUCCUGAAAGCAGUUCACUGAGUAGCUUCUGGAAUGAUAUACUCAGUGAUACUCAUGCUUGCACUCAUACUCACACAUGCAAUCCACCUGGGCCUGAUAACUCUCACACACACAUGUGUUACCAUGUUCACACCAAAAUAGUGCCUUCUCAAAGCGAAGAGGAUAGGACACCCAGUGAUGAUACUGCAGAAUAUGCAGGCAAGAAAUCAAAGAAACGGCCUUCAGGCAAUCGGGAAGCAGUCCGUAAGUACAGGGAGAAGAAGAAGGAAAGGGCUGCUUCUUUGGAGAAUGAAGUUGUCAGGUUGAGGGCUAUAAACCAACAACUGCUGAAGAGGCUUCAGGGCCAGGCAUUGCUGGAAGCAGAGAUUUCCAGGCUCAAGUGUUUGCUUGUUGAUCUUAGGGGAAGGAUAGAAGGUGAGAUCGGGUCGUUUCCAUACCAGAAACCAGUGAUCACUAAUCCUACCCUGCCUGGAUCAUAUGUAUUGAACCCCUGCAAUAUGCAUUGUGAUGAUCAAGUUUAUUGUCUCCAUCCUGGCGCCGAAGGUAAAAGCUCAGAGGGUAUGACAUUGAACAAUCAAGAUAUCAGUAUUUGUGAGUUUGAGAGCUUGCAAUGUUUCAACAAUCAAUGUUCAGGACUGAAGGAUCUUUCGGCGAGUGGAGUAGAUAACAGUAUGUCUAGUCGCCAUAUCUCGAGAAGGAUUCAUAAAAAAGCCGGGGUAAGUGCAACAAGUGAAUGAAGAGUUAGAUCAGAUGCAUUUGUGACCCUCAUACUUCAAAAGCUGUGGAUCUGUGACGGGAUGCGAUGGUUUCAUUGAACACUGGUCUUUGGGCCUUGCAGUGGUCAAUGGGGUGGAUGAAACUGUGGUCGAUUUAUUUUUCAUUUAAUCUUAUUCCUUGAUUAAAAUUAUUCUUUAUGGAUAUUGUUUCUUGUCCUUGCUUUGGGAAAAUAUUCUUUAGGAAAUAUAAAUUCCAAAGUUCAUGUAUUUGUUUAAUUUGUCUUAGCUUUGAACUUAUUAGACAAGCUUGUCCUAGAACCUUGAUUAAAUCCUCAUCCUCAUGUCUAUAAACCUAGCACAAGUUUGUCCACAAUUUUUAAAUUCAUGAAACAUGUAU